AUGGAUAUCACUACCUUCAUCCACACCCAGCGCCAGGAGGCACGGCUGAUCGGCGACAGCAAUGCGUACCGCAGCAUGUGCUCCCGGCGUCUCGCAACCCUCCGCAAACGUCUCGGCCGCUCAAACCCAAAACGCUACGCUGCACAAGCACCGCUGACCCCCGAAGACCUGGCCAAGAACCCAACCAAUGCCCACCUGCUGCUUCUCGCUUCGGAACGUGCAUGGGCGCAUGCUACCCACCUCAAGGCGUUGAUGACGGAGGACCCCACCACCGCUACGGGGAGCACACGCAGCCAUAUCGUCUCGCGCUUCCACAAAGCAUUCAAGCACGCCUCCGAGCUUGUCGAUCUCCUCUCUGCGGCCGAAUCGAACGUGACGAGCACUGAUCUCCUCGAGGCCACCGCCUAUGCCUCGUCGUUCAAGGGCUUUGAAGCGCUCGAGAAGGAGCGCUGGGAGGCCGCGCUGCAGGCAUUCGCCGUGUCCAACAGCAUCUACUCGACCCUGUCCACCGAUGGCAAGAACGAUGCGUUCCCGGAGCUCCUGACCGAAAUCGUCGAGCCGAGUAUCAGGUUCUCGGCGUACAAGCUACAGUUGCCUCGGAGCAUGGACAUCGCCGCGAUCGCGCGACAGUACUUUCCGCGCGAUGAGGAGCAUUCGCGGGUGGUUGCAGAGCUCGAGAAGCUCGAUCCCAAUGUUUUCACCGAGCCGAUGGAGACGGACUCUGCGGUUGUGGCAGGGACGGUGACUUCCGUUACAUGGCGUGGCAGAACAGCCCCCGUAGAGGGUGCGGAUAUUUCUGUCAAGCUUUCGAACGCCCAGACGGCCGAGGCAGCCUACAACUCACAGGAUCACCAGGGGUCGACAGAUGCUUUCGAUGCGGUGCUGUUGGCGUGGCAGGAUGCGGUGGAUGCGACGCGGAAGGCGAUUGAUGAGCGACAGGCGGAGGGGAUGUCAAUGUCCGACCAGAAAAUGCAGAUUCUACAACUCACGUGGACGGUGGUGAACUAUUCCAUGAUCUGCUGGCGGGUGGGUCGCAACCGCGUGAUGAUCUCCAAUAUCAUAUCUGGCCCGAAAAAGACCAGCAAGAAGGGGGAAACGGUGCCGGUUGAGGAAGUCUCUGGAAAGAAGAUCAGCCAUCUGAAGGAGGAGAUUGCACUUUACGACGCCAUCCUCCAGAGUCUGGAACAAAUUACCAACCUCCCCGGAGUCGCCGCCGACGAAGCCUUCACCACCGAGCUAACCAGCAAAGCCUCCUUCUUCCGCGCCCUCCGCACCUCUUCCAUUGCCCGCUCCCACGCGCUCCUCGGCAACCGCAAAAACGCCCUGGCACUGUUCCACCAAGCGCACAAGUACAUCGCCUUGGCGAUCCCCACACUGCCCACGGCGCCCUCGGAGCUCUCGCACAAGGGUCUCUCGAUCCCCGCCUCUGAAGCCACCGCGCUCUGCGACUCGCUGUCGGGUGAAGUAGCGCGGUACCGUGCCCUCGUCGAGAUGGACGCUCUAGCAGCCAAGUCG